GUUGGGGGGAGGGGGGUGUGCGCGUGUGAUGCUACAACCUCCUUAUAAAGGGACGCUCUCUCACGUUGUGGCUUGGAAAUUAGAGCACAUUGCCUAAAAUUGAGGUCUCCACACACACCGACCGCCGCCGCCAUGAACACCGAGGAGAUGAUCCGCCGGGCCGAGCCGCUGUUCUUCUGGGUCGGCGCCUCCACGCUGGCCUUGCUGGCGCUGUGGCUGCUCUACAGGCUGCUCACGGGCUUCAGGAUCUGGGUGUUGGGGAACGGAAGGCUGCUCUCCCCGAAGCUGGGCAAAUGGGCAGUUGUGACGGGAGCCACAGAUGGAAUUGGGAAAUCCUAUGCGGAGGAGCUGGCUCGUCGAGGAUUCGCGAUGAUGCUGAUCAGUCGCUCCCAAGAAAAGCUGGAUGACGUGGCAAAGUCACUGGAGGCAGAGUUUGGCGUUGAGACCCGGACGAUUGCGGUUGAUUUCGGCAAGACGGACAUCUACCCAAAGAUUGAAGCAGGACUGUCGGGGCUGGAGAUUGGUGUUUUGGUUAACAAUGUUGGAGUGUCCUAUCCCUAUCCUGAAUACUACCUCCAUAUUCCUGACCUGGACAAUUUCCUCACAAAUAUGAUCAAUGUCAACAUGACCUCCGUGUGCCAGAUGACUCGUCUUGUCCUGCCUGGAAUGGUCAGUAGGGCCAAAGGAGUCAUCCUGAACAUUUCCUCUGCCAGUGGCAUGUACCCCGUCCCUCUGCUCACAGUCUACUCCGCAACAAAGGCCUUUAUGGAUUUUUUCUCUCGUGGCCUUCAGGAGGAGUAUAGGCGUCAGGGCAUCAUCAUCCAGAGUGUGCUGCCAUUCUUUGUUGCCACUAAAAUGACUCGCAUCAGGAAGCCCACCCUGGAUAAACCCACUCCAGAUCGCUACGUGGCUGCAGAGCUCACCACGGUGGGUCUGCAGAGCCAGACCAAUGGCUACUUCCCACACGCUGUCAUGGGCUGGGUGACCACCAGGCUGGUGCCCAGCAGCAUCGUCAUCUUCCUGGGAGCCAGGAUGAACCGCCUGCAGCGCACGGGGUACCUGCACCGGAGGAAGCUGCGGGAGAUGAAGAACGGAGCAAGUCUGAAGAAUGAAUAGGGAAAUGUUUGACAUUGGUGCUGGCAGCCUCCUCUGUAAUGACCUGCAGCAGUGUUUUCCAAAGGUGGGAGGAUUUAGGGCUAAUUUAACCCUUUUUUUGCUUUUGCAUUCCAGUAAAAGCACACGUGUGUUGGUUCUGUGAUAAUAAAUGUGCUGAUACCUGACGGGGAGAAAAAGCCAAGAGGAAAAACAAGAAGUAAAAUGAUGAAACCUUUAAUAAUAUAAAUGUUAUUUUCUUUGUCACUGACACUUAUGGUGGGAAUAAUACAGCAAUGCAGAUGCUUUGCUAACCCUGCUGUUAUAAGCAGUGGAAGAAGGUGAUGGGCAUUUGUUUUUUUUUUUUUUUAAUGUAUAAAAUUAUUUAUUUUAUAUUUGUAUGAACACAUGUGCCAGACCUUAGGAAGCAAUGUGGAACCUAGUUCUGUUUACAAACCAGACAUUUAUAGACGGCGGUGUCUGCUUUUUAAUAACUGCAGUUUACAUUUGUUGCAAAAAGCUUGCCGGCUCUUCAUCCAUAUAUACAUUUUUGUUCUUCUCUUAAUCUUGUGUGUUUGCUAUCUAUUUAAAAGAUGUCAUUGUGGUUGACUGGGGUUUUUCACAUGUUCAAUGCCAAAGUGGAUCAAGUUCUAGAGAUUUUUGUAGCUUUUUUUGCCAAAAAAUGGUCAGUUUGAGUGAGGGGUAAUUUGUCAUUGCAUUAAGAAUAAUUUUAUCUGCUAUCUAAUUAUUUGCUCUAAUGAUAUGAAGUCUCAUGUAUUUCCUCAGGGAUACAAACACUGUUUUUACUUCUUCUGCUGUGGUUACUACUCCAAAGUUGCUGCUCAAAGGGGUUUAAAUAAACCGAGAACUCCUUUUUAUACCCCAUCUGACGUGCUCUGACCUGUGCCUUAACCUAAUAGCAUUGUGAAUGUUUUUCUGUGGAUUUUAAUGAUUAAAAAUAAAUAACAAGUUUUUAAAUAA